CCCUCUAUGCGUAAUCUCCGUGCGCCCUGUCCUGUUUGGAUCCGCAGUUUGACAUCUGUUCAUCAUGUUUUCAGCCGCAGUUUUGCGCGCAUCUGCCGCCGGUAUCAGGAGUUUGACUCGAACACGACCCGUUUACACAGCUCCUGCUGCAGUACGAUGUUACUCUCAUGCUAAAGCAGAAACAGAUGAGGAGUUUGACUCACGCUGGGUGACGUACUUCAGCAAACCUGACCUCGACGCCUGGGAGCUGCGCAAAGGUAUGAACACACUGAUUGGAUACGACCUUGUUCCAGAACCAAAGAUUUUGGACUCUGCUCUGCGUGCUUGCAGACGGUUGGAUGAUCUGGCCAGCGCGAUUCGCAUCUUAGAGGCCAUCAAGGAUAAAUCGGGUCCUCAUAAGGAGAUUUACCCAUAUGUGAUCCAGGAACUCAGACCGACACUGCAGGAGCUGGGUAUUUCCACUCCAGAAGAGCUGGGCAUUGAUAAAGUGUGAAUGCCACAUACACAGGUUUUUAUGUGAAAUUAAUGAGGUUUUCUACCUCUGCUCUACACUGUGUGAAAUUCAGGAAGUCAAACUGUGUCCCGUCCUGUAUAAAAUAAUAAUGGACCUAAUAAACCAAGCAAUACUGAA